UUAUUAACAACGAGUGGCACGACUCAACAAGUGGAAAGAAGUUUCCCACCUACAACCCCUCAACGCUGGAGAAAAUUUGUGACGUUGAGGAAGGAGACAAGCCUGAUGUGGAUAACGCAGUGGAAGCGGCAAAAGCGGCGUUCCAGAGGGGAUCUCCGUGGAGAGAGAUGGAUGCCUUGAGCAGAGGGCGGCUCUUGCACAAACUGGCUGAUCUUCUUGAGCGAGACAGAGUCAUCCUUGCAACUUUGGAAACAAUGGACACAGGAAAACCUUUUCUGCAGGCAUAUUUCAUUGACCUGGAAGGUUGUAUAAAGACACUUCGAUAUUAUGCUGGAUGGGCUGAUAAAAUCCAGGGCAGAACUAUCCCCGUGGAUGAAAACUUUGUGUGCUUUACCAGGCAUGAACCAAUGGGUGUCUGCGGAGCUAUAACUCCAUGGAACUUCCCCUUGCUGAUGCUGGUUUGGAAGAUGGCACCAGCUCUGUGCUGUGGGAAUACGCUGGUUAUUAAGCCGGCCGAACAAGCUCCUCUCACUUCGCUGUACGUUGGCUCGCUGAUCAAGGAGGUGGGUUUCCCUCCAGGUGUGGUGAACAUUGUGCCAGGCUAUGGCCCCACAGCAGGAGCUGCCAUUUCUACCCAUCACAGCAUUGACAAAAUCGCUUUUACUGGAUCCACAAAGGUUGGAAAACUGAUCAAGGAAGCUGCUUCCAAAAGCAACCUCAAAAGAGUGACGUUAGAGCUUGGAGGGAAAAACCCCUGCAUCGUGUGCGCAGAUGCGGACUUGGACUUGGCAGUGGAAUGUGCCCAUCAAGGCGUGUUCUUCAACCAAGGGCAGUGCUGCACGGCUGCCUCACGAGUGUUCGUGGAGGAGCAGAUAUACCCCGAGUUUGUCAAGCGCAGCGUGGAGUACGCCAAGAAGCGACUUGUUGGAGACCCCUUUGAUGCCCGAACUGAACAAGGGCCCCAGAUUGACCAAAAACAGUUCGACAAAAUCUUGGAACUGAUAGAAAGCGGGAAGAAAGAAGGCGCUAAGCUGGAAUGUGGAGGUCUUGCCAUUGAAGACAGAGGCCUCUUCAUAAAACCCACUGUGUUUUCGGAGGUCACUGACAACAUGCGCAUCGCCAAAGAGGAGAUUUUUGGACCAGUUCAGCCAAUUAUGAAGUUCAAGAGUAUAGAAGAGGUCAUAAGAAGAGCCAACAGUACUGAAUAUGGACUCACGGCCGCUGUGUUCACAAAGAAUCUGGACAGAGCAUUAACAUUAGCUUCUGCAUUGCAGUCAGGAACUGUCUGGAUCAACUGUUACAAUGCGCUGUAUGCACAGGCUCCUUUUGGUGGCUUUAAAAUGUCAGGCAAUGGCAGAGAGCUUGGUGAAUAUGCUCUGGCAGAAUAUACUGAAGUGAAGACGGUCACCAUUAAACUCUCCCAGAAGAGUCCGUGAAAGCAGAAGGCCUAAAAGUGCUGACACUCUGAAUGUGACACAUGGGGGACGUGUUCAGAGCAAGGGGGAGGGAAGGGGUAGGAAGGAAAAUGGAAACAGCCCUUGUUUUGGAGACACAUUUUACCUUAUUCCUCUAGAAACACUGAAUCUCCUGGACUCCAUUUUGUCACCUGGCUCUUCAAACGCUGAUUUAACUGACCCUCCUGGCAGCACAGCACACUCUUGGACUACGCAAGUCCCUGCUGUGUAUGUGGGUGCUACCAGUGCUUGAAAUACUGGCCACUGUCUGCAGGACAUCUGCUUUUCAGGCUGCGCCCC